UGCAGAGUGAGCUUUGACUCAAAACUAUUUCUAACUAAAUGAGGAUACAGUAGACAGUAGGUGAAGAAAUUAGAAAAAGAACACAUUAUGUGCUGUGAAAACUCGGAAUUGACCAGAAUUGAGAAACAGAUCCGUCAUGAAACAGAAAACACACACAUUGCAUCACAUUUGAUGAGGUCACAGGGGUCUACCAAUGAGAAGACUAGAGGAACUCAAUAGAAGUGAAAAAGAGAAGGAACCAGUUAAGUGACAGAUAAACUGCAAAAAGACUUUGAGACAACAGAACAACCACGACACACAGGACAACACAAAUACCAAGAUAAUGCACAGAGAGACAAAGACUCCUUGACAGAAACGUUAGAAGUGAGGAUGCUGGAGAACGUCACAGGUGACGUGCAGAAUGACACCUUCUCCUGCCACCACCCCUCAGUGGAGGCCUACCGCUACUUCGGCGUGCUGUGGGGUUCGGUAGUUACCAUAGUUGGAACGGUGGGGAACAUGCUUACCAUUCUGGCCUUCGCCACGGACACCCGGCUGCGGACGCGUUUCAACGUGUUGAUUGUGAACCUGGCCCUGGCGGACCUGUUGUACUGCACCCUGCUGCAGCCCGUCUCCGUCGACUCCUACCUACACCUCCGCUGGAGGGGCGGACCUCUCUGGUGCAGCAUCUUCGGCCUCCUCCUCUUUCUCUCCAACUCUGUCUCUAUCAUCACCCUGUGUCUGAUCGCGGCCAGCCGUUACCUGCUGGUGACGAAGCGGGAUGUGUUUGAGCGGGUGUUUUCUGGUCGAGGCCUGGCUAUCCUCCUGCCCUCCACCUGGGCCCUGGGCCUGGCCAGCUUCGGCCCACUCUGGCCCGUUUAUGUAUUCGCCCCACAGGUGUGCACCUGCAGCUUCCACCGCACCAGGGGGCGCCCUUACACCACCGUGCUGCUAUUCUUCUACUUCUUUAUCGGCCUGGGCUGCGUGGGGAUUUUCUACCUGCUCAUUUACAGGCGAGUCAGGGUGGCGGCACAGGCACUGGUCCGCUACCGGUUUAGCCGACGCUCGUCACGAAAGAAGCCGAACUCAUCAGAACAAGGGACGGAGGGGGAUAGUGGAGUCGGGAGCGGGGUGGCCACCACCCAGAGCUGUGAAUUGAGCAGCCAGGCAGAACUAGCCCAAUACAAGGGUGUAGAGGUGAAGGUGCACCCUGGGAUAGCCCAGUCCUCCCAAUCCACCUGGGGCUCUGCUUUAACUUCGCAUUCAGCUCACCUAGCAGGGGGACAGGAGCUCCCCCCUUCCCUCAACCCUGUGCCCCGCUCAGCCACUCCUGCCCCCAUCACUGCCCCCUCCUCCUCCACCACCUCUUCAGGGGACAAUGUUGAGUUUAGACGUGUGACCCGGAUGUGUUUCAUUGUCUUCCUGUGUUUCGUGGGCUGUUUUGUCCCGUUCCUGCUGCUGAACAUUGCUGAUAAGCAGAACCGUGCACCUCAGGUGCUGCACAUGUUCUGUGCCAACCUCACCUGGCUCAACAGCUGUAUUAACCCUGUGCUCUACGCUGUCAUGAACCGCCAGUUCGGACAGGCCUACCGGGCCCUUCUGGUCAGGGCCGCCACACCCUUCACACACCUCUGGACACGGUGACCUAUACAUGUUGGUUGUUUAGCAGAUGCAGUUAUUCAGAUUGACUUUAGUCAGUGUAUUCAAUUAAGGUACAUAAGACAACCACACAUUGGUAAUUAUCACUCACUUUUCUCAGCCCACACUGGUAUUGAUGGAGCUACUUCCUCCUGUAUAACUUCCUCUACUCCUUCCUGAAUAUUACUUUUAUUGUCAUCUAGCAAGGGAAAAAUAAGCUAUUCUGUGAUUUUUGGAAAGGGCUCAUUUAUUUUGGGCUAAGAUUAUGCUCGUUUGUUUUUCCAGUUACAAACACCAAUGUACACUUACUGUUAAGCCUUUGUCCACAUACAUGAAAUAGCUUUCAGAGCUUAAAGUUGACCUCUUUAAUGUGGCCAUAUAAUGUGGUCAAAACUCAUCAGGAAAUCUAUUUUAUUCCAGCAGGAAGCCAGAAGUCACCAACAGGGAGAUAGUUAUGCAAAGAACUAUAGCCUCCUUUACGUCUUGUGUUUAUUUAUUGUCUGUGCCAUUGUACCUUUGUCUGUUCAUUCACACUCCCCUACUGUACAUGUAUAUUUGGACAGUAAUGAUAAAUGUUUUAAUCUGG